CGAGAACGCCAUCUCUCCUCCCACACGCUCCAAGCAUCCCACCAGUCGCCGGCGUCGUGCUGUGGUAGCAUGCAUGGCGUUGCCAAGGAGUCCCGCAGACGCCCUUCGCCGAGCCCCGUUUGCGCCUGCUGCAGCGGCUUGGGGGAAUUUCCCGGCGCCGUCUGCAGUGCAUCAAGACGAUAAGUGCAUUUGCUUUCACAGGACGCUUGCGUUUACAUUAUGACUCGACAGGGUUCUACGGCUCCUCCCAGUCCGCUGAGAGCCCCGAAAUCGCCUUUGCAGAUCGGCAGCCCUCUCGUCAUCUCGCAACCUAGGAGUUUCAUCCAGUUGUCUGCAUCAGUCACCACCUAGAAUGCAUGCAAAAGCAUCUGAAGCCUGAGUGUGGAGCGUCGUGUCUCCCGUUCUUUCCCAGCAUUUUUCACGCUCGUUCAGCAUCAUGUUCCUCAAGUCUCUCGUUUUCGUCCUUCUUUCCUCGUCUCUUUCUUUAGCCGAUGUUCGAAGCGGCGACAAGACCUGCUCCUGUGGUUUCUACGAUGAUCAGACGAAAGAGCUCUUCACAGAUUCGAUUAUUGUCUACUUCAACGAAACUACGAGUCUUCCCGACGACUUUGUCGCUGAAGACUACGAGAAAAAGUAUGAGAAAGACUGGAAUGCCAUUUACCGUCAGGGAGCAAACCCCUCCAAUCUGCACCUCAACAAGUCCGACUCUCUUCAAUUGAUCGUUUCCCCAGCUACCGACAUUCACCUUGUUGACGGAGCCGGCAUCCGGACAGCACGACACGAUAUUCAACAUGGCUCUUUUCGCACCUUCAUCAAGUCGCCCGGAAACACGUCUCGGGGCAGCGCUAUGUCCAUGAUGUGGCAGUACAACGAGACCGAGACCACCGAGCUCAGCGUGAUGAACACGGAUGACCCUUCGGAAGCAUGGGUGGGAACGUUCGUCAAUGGCGAGUUCACCACCCGCAGUCUGGGCGUCAACUUCAGCACUCUUCUCGAUGACCCAGUGGCGAACCGUAAUUACACAACGCUGGGAGGGACGCUUGGGAACGGCAGCGUGAAUCCAUGGGACUACGUCGAGUAUCGCAUAGACUGGACGGAGGACUUCAUCAAUUUCUACAUUGGCGGCAACCUGACGCGGUCGGUACUGCACAAGGACAACAAAGGCAUGCCUUCAGUGCCGUCACCUUUCUUCUUCAAGCACUGGUCGACAGGGAACCGGUUCACGAUGGAGGGUCCACCAAAGAAGCCUUCCGAGGCGAACAUUGGGUGGAUCCGCAUGUUCUUCAACUCCUCUACAAUGAACGAAGAGGCGCGAGAGGACUUCGUCGUUCGAUGUCCCCUCACCGAAGCCUGCUCCAUGGACGAUAUCGCUCUCCGCGGAUCUACGCCGCACGCGGAUAGUUCGACCGUGAAAUGGAAGCAAGACGGCGGCAAGAACAUCAAACGCAUGCCGGCGUUGUGGAUAUCAGUCAUUUGCAUAUCCUUCUCGACAUUAUUGCUUCUACAUGCAUUCAUCCGUCGCGCCCCAUGGCGAACGCAACCAAAGACCGCUGGUCACGAGCAUGCGCCAGCACCGGCAGCGCCGUCUACAAACCAAAAUCCUUUUGAAAAUUCAGACUACAAUCUCCCAGCGCAGAACCAAAACCCUUUCGAGAACAGAGAGUACACGCUAGCCUCGCGCAAUAACUCUCUGCCAUCGUCCCCUAUUUUUGCAACCCGCCCCCCAUCUUCCAAUGACGGGUACGAAUCAAAGGACGAACUCGCCAUCGAAAAGGCUGACACCAGCCCUCAUACCUCAGUCUGGGGCGGAUCGACUAACGGCGGGCCUUCGCGGCCCAACUCCCUUCGGUUCGACAGCCGUGGAACAACGCCUGGCGUCCUGUCUCCAACUGCCAGCCAUUUUGACAUUCCGAGAGAGGAGUUUCACCCGGCUCUCAGGAGCCAACUCCGUGUGAACAAAGACGGCAAGACGAUGUCUCGCAAUAAUUCGGAGAGAACUAUCGCGGUUGCGGCUGUUCCGGGCCCAGGCGACAAGAUCCCCAUGGAGACAGUGACCGAGUCGGCACUACCUGCGCCUCGCAUGAGGCCCCAACCGCCUCCUCCACGACAGAGAGUCGACUACCUCGCCGGCUUGGUUGCUAUGUGCGCCAUCUUGGUCACCGUAAUGCACUUCGGCCUUAGCUUCGUGCCUGCCAUGGUCAUUCCAGGGGCUCCAAGGCAUUAUCAAUCUGAAUACUGGGUCCAGCAGCUCAUCGCACCCUUCAUUCUCAACCAAAUGUGGCUAGGUGUGUUCUUCACCACCUCUGUUCGCUUCUUGGUCGCCAGCUAUCUCAAGAAAGGCAACAUGCAAGACAUCGCGAAGGCUGCCGUACGCCGGACUCCACGUCUUAUGAUCCCUGUGGCUUCGAUUGCUCUUCUGCAAUACUUCGUCAUCGACUGCGGGGCGACCAUGUACCUCCGUUACAUCCCUUCCAUAACCUGGUCGACUUGGCCGUACGUCACGCGCUACCCUACAUUCGGCCAUUACGUAUCCGAGGUCCUCGAACUCGUUUAUCUGAUCCCCAACGCUGUCCCACAAAUCACAUACAACUACUGCACGGGCGUUCUUUGGACCAUCGCAGUGCAGCUCCAGGGCUCAUGGCUCGUGCUGCUGGGGUGUAUCGUUGUAUACGAAAUCAAGACGCCCUGGAAGCGCAUGAGCUACUACGUCUUCUGCCUCUUCAACCACUGGUAUGCGCAAUCCUGGGGCUCAUAUCUCUGGCUGGGCUUGCUCCUCACCGACCUCGAUAUCACGUACACAUACAAGAAGUGGCUCUAUGACCGCCCUGGUGUGUACUACCCUUUGAUUAGCUUCUGCUGGAUCUGCGUCGCCGCCGGCUUCUCCGCCAACUUGAUUCCCAACUGGGUGAACUUCAACUUCGCGACCUACGAACACAACAUCCACCCGGACCCCAACACUGGCGAGCCAAUGUGGAACACAGACAGCGCAGGCUAUCCACCGUACUACGUCCCGCGCCUCAACGGUCUCCUCUUCGCAGGCGGUAUGCAAGCAAUCGUCGAGCUCUCGCCCGCCGUCCAAUGGUUUCUCUCGCUCCCCUUUCUGCUCGUGCUCUUCCCGCACAUCUUCACCAUCUACCUGAUGCACGGACUCGUCUUCUGGAGCUACGGAUCCUGGCUUAUGGUCUUCUUGGCCGAGCGCGGGUUCGGCUACGGCGUCAAUGUCGCUGUUGUCGGUGUGACAUCCUAUUUCCUGCUCUUCGCUAUCUUGCCUAUUGUCACUCCAAUUAUUGAGGCGUUGGGUAAGGAUAUCACGGCGUUGGUGUGGAUGUCGGCUGUGGAGAAGAGCCCGCCCAGGCGCAGGACUUUGUUUCCCUUUCCGGAUGACUUGUUUGUAAGGAGGGAGAAGAACGAUGUUGAAGCGAUGGGGAGCGUCGAUGGUUCGGGAAGGACGUCGCCGAGUGAGAAGGGGAAGAUGAAGGAGAAGGAGGAGGUCAGGGAGAUCAGUCAGUUCGACUAUUAAGAGCAAAGUGAGGUGAGCCGCUGCACAUGAAGCGAUACGCCUGCUUCGCCGAUGGUGGGCAAGGUAGGUAAGAGGGCGUGGAAUUGGCUAGAUGUAUUCGACCGAGGGAUGGCUCAGACAGAUAGAUCUGGGAGCAGAAGCAUGGGUGUUCUAAUAGAAGUAGGUAAUAAUCCUGGGCUUGUCUAUUCUUAUUACAUAUUACAUAACAUGGAGAUGGUUUGGAUAUCACAACGUAGAUUCAAUCCUCCGCAAUUCAAUGCUACGUCCUAGUCGGACGACGCGUUCGUCCCGG